AUGCGAGACAGAAGAAUUAGACCGCAGCUAGCCAAAGAGAAGAUUGAAGGAUGCCAUAUUUGUACAUCUGUUACACCUGGUGAACCUCAAGUGUUCUUGGGAAAAGAUAAAGCCUUCACUUUUGAUUAUGUGUUUAACAUUGACUCACAGCAAGAAGAAAUCUAUAUACAGUGUAUAGAAAAACUGAUUGAAGGUUGCUUCGAAGGCUAUAAUGCAACUGUCUUUGCUUAUGGCCAGACAGGUGCUGGCAAAACAUACACCAUGGGCACUGGAUUUGAUGUCAACAUAACAGAAGAGGAACAGGGCAUUAUAUCACGUGCUGUUAAGCAUCUUUUUAGAUGUAUUGAAGAAAAGAAACAAGCUGCUAUUAAACAAGGACUUCCUCCUCCAGAUUUUAAAGUAAACGCACAGUUCCUUGAGCUUUACAAUGAAGAAAUUCUUGAUCUCUUUGAUACCACUCGUGAUAUUGAUGCAAAGAAUAAAAAAUCAAAUAUUAAAAUACAUGAAGAUUCAGCUGGAGGAAUUUAUACAGUGGGAGUUACAACCCGAACUGUGAAUGGAGAAUCGGAGAUGAUGCAGUGCUUGAAGCUGGGGGCUUUGUCUCGAACCACGGCCAGUACUCAGAUGAAUGUUCAGAGCUCACGGUCGCAUGCUAUCUUUACAAUACAUCUAUGUCAGACCAGAGUUUGUCCUGCUUUUAGCACUGAUAAUGCCACUGAUAACAGGAUAAUAUCUGAAUCUGCUGAGAUGAAUGAGUUUGAAACUCUUACUGCCAAGUUCCAUUUUGUUGACCUAGCAGGAUCUGAAAGGUUAAAGAGAACAGGAGCUACGGGAGAAAGAGCAAAAGAAGGCAUUUCCAUCAACUGUGGACUACUGGCACUUGGCAAUGUAAUAAGUGCACUGGGAGAUAAAAGUAAGAAGGCAACUCACGUACCAUACAGAGAUUCAAAGCUUACAAGACUACUCCAAGACUCUCUAGGGGGAAACAGUCAAACACUCAUGAUAGCGUGUGUGAGCCCUUCAGAUCGAGACUUCAUGGAAACCUUGAACACGUUGAAGUACGCGAAUCGUGCACGAAACAUCAAGAACAAGGUGAUGGUUAAUCAGGAUAGGGCUAGUCAGCAAAUAAAUGCUUUGCGCAAUGAGAUUACACGGCUACAGAUGGAACUUAUGGAAUACAAAACAGGUAAAAGGAUUAUAGAUGAAGAAGGCGUUGAAAGCAUCAAUGACAUGUUUCAUGAAAAUGCUAUGCUGCAAACAGAAAACAAUAAUCUGCGUGUUAGAAUUAAAGCCAUGCAAGAGACUAUUGAUGCACUGAGAGCCAGAGUAACGCAGCUUGUGAGUGAUCAGGCCAACCAAGUUCUAGCCAGAGCAGGAGAAGGAAAUGAAGAAAUUAGCAACAUGAUUCAUAAUUAUAUCAAGGAAAUUGAAGAUCUCAGGGCAAAAUUAUUAGAAAGUGAAGCAGUUAAUGAAAAUCUUCGACGCAACUUGUCAAGAGCUUCAACAAGAUCCACAUACUUUGGUGGACCAUCUGCAUUUUCUAUGCUUUCUUCAGAAAAAGAGACACUGGAAAUUCUAGAUAUAGCCAAGAAAGAUCUAGAAAAGCUGAAAAAAAAGAAAGAAAAAAGAAAAAAAAGGCUACAGAAACUUGAGGAAAGCAGUCAAGAAGAAAGAAGUGUUAAGGAUGACAACACAGAUAACGAGCAGGAGAAGAGAGAUGAAAAAGGCACUUCGGAGAGAGCAAAUAAUGAAUUGGAAGCAGAGGAAAUUCAGGAAGUAAGUGAUCAUGAAGAUGAAGAAGAGGAAGAUGAUGAGGAUGAAGAUGACAUGGAAGUUGUUGAAAGCUCAGAUGAGUCAGAUUCUGACUCUGAUGAAAAAGAAAAUUAUCAAGCUGACUUGGCAAAUAUCACCUGUGAAAUAGCCAUUAAGCAGAAACUAAUAGAUGAGCUAGAGAACAGCCAGCGAAGAUUGCAGACACUGAAAAAACAAUAUGAGGAGAAACUAAUGAUGCUACAACAUAAGAUUCGAGACACUCAACUUGAAAGAGAUCAAGUUCUUCAAAACUUGGGUUCUGUAGAGACAUAUUCAGAAGAAAGCAAAAAAAUCAAGUCAGAAUAUGAAAAGAAACUCCAAGCCAUGAAUAAAGAACUUCAGAGACUUCAAACAGCUCAAAAAGAACAUGCACGACUGCUUAAAAAUCAAUCUCAAUAUGAAAAGCAACUGAAGAAACUGCAGCAAGAGGUGACAGAGAUGAAGAAAACCAAGGUUCGCUUGAUGAAACAAAUGAAAGAAGAGCAGGAGAAAGCUAGAAUGACUGAAUCAAGAAGAAAUAGAGAGAUUGCACAGCUUAAAAAGGAGCAGCGCAAACGAGAGCACCAGCUCAAGCUUCUGGAAGCUCAGAAAAGAAAUCAGGAAGUUAUCUUACGUCGCAAAACUGAAGAGGUCACAGCCCUUCGUCGGCAAGUCAGGCCUCUGUCUGAUAAAGUGGCAGGAAAAGUGAGUCGAAAGCUGAGUCUGCCUGAACAUCCUACUCAAGAACCAAGUUCUAGCUUAUCAGUUGAGCACGAUGGUUCAAGGACGGCAGCGCAGCAGAAGAUGAGAAUUCCUGUUGCAAGGGUUCAAGCAUUAUCUGUUACAAAUGGAACAGGGAAGAAAUAUCAGCGGAAAGCAGUGACAAGCAGAGUUUACUCCUCAAGGGCAGCCAGGAUGAAGUGGCAGUUACUUGAACGCAGAGUCACUGAUAUCAUUAUGCAGAGGAUGACCAUUUCCAAUAUGGAGGCAGAUAUGAAUAGGUUACUUACGCAACGUGAAGAACUUACAAGAAGAAGAGAGAAGCUUUCAAAGAAAAGGGAGAAGCUCAUCAGGGAUGGGGGUGGCAGUGAAGCAGAUAGAAAUGUCCAGAACAUAAAUGAAGAAAUGGAAUCACUAACUGCAAAUAUAGACUACAUUAAUGACAGCAUUUCUGACUGCCAAGCAAAUAUUAUGCAAAUGGAAGAAGCAAAGGAAGAAGGAGAGACCUUGGAUGUAACGGCAGUGAUAAAUGCUUGCACUUUGACAGAAGCCCGAUAUUUGCUUGAUCACUUCCUCACAAUGGGUAUCAAUAAGGGGCUCCAAGCAGCUCAGAAAGAAGCUCAGAUUAAAGUUCUUGAGGGGCGCCUUAAGCAGACAGAAAUUACUAGUGCUACUCAAAACCAGCUGCUGUUUCAUAUGCUAAAAGAGAAAGCUGAGUUGAAUCCUGAACUUGACGCUUUGCUGGGUCAUGCUUUGCAAGACCUAGAUAGCAUACCACUGGACAAUUUGGAAGAUAGUACAGAUGAGGAUGCUCCGUUGCACAGCCCUGGGACAGAAGGAAGUGCAUUAUCUUCGGAUCUUUUGAAGCUUUGUGGUGAAGUCAAACCCAAAAGCAAGGCCCGCCGGAGGACCACUACACAGAUGGAAUUGCUGUAUGCAGAUAGCAGUGAUUUAGUCUCUGACAUUAGUGCGGCAGAAUCUACUUUGCCUGGCCUUCUUGCAUCUGCUGCAGAAACCCAAGAAAGCGGGAUGACUGCUGACACAAAUGAUACUUCUGCUAGGGACAGAGAGUUUAUUCCCCCACCAUCUGGCUUACCUUCUAAGAUAGGCAGCAUUUCUAGACAGCCAUCUUUGUCAGAGAAGAAGAUAUCUGAACCUUCACCUUUAGCCAAGAGAAAAACUUACGAGAAAACAAUGGAAAAGACAAAGGCAAAAGAUCAAAAACUCUCAGAUUCUGGAACCCCAGAGGCUAGUCUGUCACCUCCUACUUCCCCACCAAGCCGGCCCCGUAAUGAAAUGAAUGUUUUUAGUCGUCUUACUGUUUCUCAGGGAAACACAUCAGUUCAGCAGGAUAAGUAA